GAACCUGUUCACUCUUCCAUCAACUGUAAUAGAAUUCAGAAGUAUAUUCUGUUUAUGAGCCCUGAGUUUUCAAGACUUGAGAGCCAGACUUCAGAUAUGGCACCCACUGAAUAUCCUGGUGACAUAACACAUAUUUCAGUUUCAAAUCUGGAGCCAUUCACACAGUACUGUGCUGUACUUGUGUUUGAAAACAAUGGUGGAUUCAGAAGUCCAGAGUCUAGAAGAGAGUGCAUUGUUACACCACAAACAACACCUGCACCACCAGAAAAUGUUUAUAUAAAGUCCCAUACAAGUACUACAGUAACUUUAUCAUGGAAAUCUCCACGCCGGAGUUUUGGUGUUGUGACAAAGUUUCACAUAUUUUACUGGGAAGGAGAGGAUGAAAUCCCUAAGGCUGUGGAAGUGAAGCCAGGAGGUCAGGAGCAAAUUGACUUUGUGCUGUCUGGACUAAAGGCAAAUACCAACUAUAGGCUUCAGGUGAGAACUGUGAACUCAGCUGGUGUUAGUGAACCUUCUGAAACAAUUUCAUUCACAACUGAUGAAGGAUUGCCUGGGCCCGUCAGCCAUCUAAUGAACAUCUCUAGAACAUCAAACUCAGUCAGACUCAAGUGGCAGCUCCCACAGCAGCAGAAUGGAGACUUGAUAAAUUUUAUAGUGAACUGUGAGUUGAAGGACAGUAUUUUUUCUAAUGUACUGCCCAAAACUCAGCCAGCUAAACCAAAAGUCAUUCAACCCAGUGUGCUAGAACUGAAUGUGAGCAAUCUUAUACCAGCCAGUCUUUACACAUGCUCUGUUAAAGCAACCACUAAAAUAGGCACAGGGGAGCCUGCAACAGUGAAUGUAUGGACACGUCCUGAAGCCUUGAGUCCACCUUCAUCUCCUGAGAUUACAAAAAUUACGGAAACUACAGCCACCUUAAAGUUACAAUCGCCUCGGGACAGAACAGUCAGUUACUACCGCAUUAUAGUUGAAAAGAUUGAUUCUGAUCAGGAAAAAAGCAGGAAGAAACGUCAUGUCCCACAGUACAUAUCAGCUAUUUCAAGAGAUUUUCAGACGGCAUUACGUGAUGGUGAAAAUUCUUAUAUCACAGCUCAGCUUUCUCCUGGUCAGCUAAGUGGAAUCUUUGUUGUUGGAGAUAAUAAGACCUAUAAUGGCUACUUUAAUGGACCACUGCAGCAGAAUCAGAAAUACAUAUUCUGGCUUGGAGUUUACUCAGAUAUUGAUGGGAUGGUGCAACGAGUAUUUGUGAAAACAGACAGGCCUGUUGUAGCAAGAUCCAUGAGAGCAACAGAUUCGGCAAGCUCAGUUCCAGUCAUUGUUGGUGUGAUUGUUGUGUUCAUACUCCUUAUUGCCAUUUUAGCAGUCCUUUUAUUGAUAUGGAGAAGAAGACACACUGCAGAAGAGAGAGAAAAGGCAGAAAUCCCAUCCUUUGGACCCACAAUCAUACCAGAACCAGAGACAUCUACACUACCUACCCCUGUUGGUAAGACCAUAUGCUAUUUCCAAGAUUGGAUGCAUGUUGUUAUGAUUUUGAUACUUAUUGCAGAAAAUGGUGAAGCCGAGCCACUUAUUGAGAAUGCAUGCUCAGAUGUUCUAGACACACAACCAGCCUACCUAAACACCAGUGAAAUUAUACCGCCAAUCAAAGUGGAGGACUUGUGGGAUUACAUUAGGACAGCCAAGCUGGAUGAUCUCGAGGGAUUAAAAAAGGAAUUCAAACUUUUACCUGCUGGAAUUACGUCAACAUGUGAGGCUGCAAGAAAAAAUGAAAACAAGCUGAAGAACAGAUAUGGCAAUAUAAUUGCAUAUGACCAUACUCGUGUUGUGCUAGAUGUUGAUGGGUAUGAUCCGCAUGAUGAUUACAUCAAUGCUGAUUAUAUUGAUGGUUAUAACAAGCAUAGAGCCUACAUAGCUGCUCAAGGUCCCAGCAAACCAACGAUAAAUGAUAUUUGGAGAAUGGCCUGGAAAGAAAAUUCAAAAACAGUCAUCAUGCUCACUAAUCCUACUGAAUCAGGAAAGAAAAAAUGUGAACAGUACUGGCCCGAUGAAGGAUGUGAACAGUAUGGAAGUAUUUCAGUUCAGCUAUUGGAUGUGGAUAUUUUGCCAGAUUUUACAGUGCGAACUUUUUUAAUAAGCAAAAGCGGACAGUCCAAAUAUUUGAAGCAGUUCCACUACACCACGUGGCCUGAUCAUGGCGUUCCAAGAUUUGGUCAUUCUUUGUUAUUGUUCAGACAGAAAAUCAGAGCUUAUGAUUCUCUUGAUAAUGGAGCAGUUAUUAUACAUUGCAGUGCUGGAGUUGGUCGUACUGGUACAUAUAUUGCCGUGGAUACCCAGCUGGAAAAGGCAAAGUCUGAGGGUGUUAUAGAUGUCUACAAUUUUGUUCAGCUAAUGAGGACUCAGAGAGUGAAUAUGGUACAGACACUGGAACAAUAUAUCUUUGUGUAUGACUGCCUGCUGGAAGCCCUUAUAUGUGGUGACACCACAGUAUCAAAUCAUGCCUUUCCAGAGGUGUUCACAGAUCUGUGCUUGUUCGAUGCAGAUAUCUCAAAAACUAAACUGGAAGAGCAGUUUGAGAUCCUGAAAUUAUUGUCCACAACAAUUGAAAGGGAUGAAAGUACCACUGCACUGAGACCUGAAAACAUUUUCAAAAACCGGUGUAAAAACAUUGUCCCAGCAAACAGAUGCAGACCAUACCUCAUCACAGCAUAUGAAGGCUGUAAUGAUUAUAUUAAUGCUGUUUUCCUGAAUAGCUACUGCAAAAAAGACCACCUGCUAGUUACACAGAUGCCAUUACCAAACACGGUUAUAGAUUUCUGGAGACUUGUCUAUGAUCAUAAAUCUUACUGCAUCGUUAUGUUGAACGAAGUUGAGAAGAAUGAUGAAACAUGUCAACAGUACUGGACAGAAAACCCUGAAGGUGUCAUAUAUGGUCCUUUCAAAAUAGAGACAACAUCAGUUAUAAAAUCAGAUCCCAUCGUCACAGUCAGAGAUUUUAUACUUACAUGUACAGAAAUGCCAAAUGUUUCAGCUCGACAUGUACGUCAGUUUCAUUUUCACCGAUGGCAAGAAGGAUCAGCCACACCAAGUUCUCAUAGAGCAUUGCUGCAAUUAGUGCAUUUAACAAACCUAUGGCAGCAGCCACACCAUGGACCAAUUACUGUUCACUGCAUGAAUGGAGCAAGCAGAAGUGGAUUAUUUUGUGCUGCUUUGACUAUUCUGGAAAGAAUGAAGAAGGACAAAGAAGUUGAUGUAUUUCAGGCGGUAAAACAACUACGGCUUAAUAGAACACAACUCAUUGACAACAUGGAGCAGUACCAGUUUUGCCAUGAAUUAGUGAUGGAGUACCUCUCCAUCCCUGAUGUUACAACAAUCUUGUCAUGA